CCGGGCGCGCGAACCGAUUCUAAUCGAUCUGAUCGGUUUGACGACGCAUUGGCAAAAACGCGUCAAUGGAAAAGUUAGCUCCCGGAGGCGGGAAUCCUGAGAGUGACGCGCGCUAACGCUAGCACUAACGAGUAGAACAAAGCUCCGACUUGGGCGUCGCGGGGAGAAAGACGCUCGCGAAGAAGAAACGGUCCGGUAAAAGCGGGCCAAGGUGUCAAAGACGUCAAUCGUCGCAACGCAUUAGCGUUUCGUUGUCCGCCGGUCGCCGUCGUCCCCGAUCCGCGUCCCCGUCGCGCGCGGCCGCGGAGUCUCGUCACGAGACUCACCCGCUAACGAUCGCCGCUAACGUGGCGAACGCGUGAUCCCGGGAUCGUCGCAGUACGUUCAGCGACCGCGCACGGCUAUAACGGCCUUACCCGAUCGCGAUCAAUAGCGCGAGUGAAUCCGUGUCGACAGGUGUGUACGACGGGACGACGGGACGACCAUCAGCAGUCACGAGGAGGACUCAUGAGAUUUGGACCGAUCGAUCGUUCGAUCUGCAUUAUUUGCGCUCGCGCGGUCUGCAUUUCGCAUGGAGAGGAUUAAAGUAGAGGGUAUAUAGAGCACAAAGGAGGAGGCUGUAAACUCUUCUGGAAUUCGGUACCGUCCCCGAGAGAAUUUUCAAUCGAUCAAUAAAUCGGCCGUGGAAAAAAAAAAUGGAGAUCGAGAUGGGCGGCAGGACGAAUAAACCCAGCGAGAGGCGAGUGUCGAUCAGUGACCAAGUCAUGGGACUCGAUAAUCCCGCCUUCGAGCACCACCGGCGCAUCAGCGCGAGCUCGGAGCACAAUUCCGAUCAGGGCAGGCGGAAGUCGAUCCUGCAUCACGGCGGCGGCAGCCACGGCGGCGACAGCGCGGAGAACAUUCCGCAGUACAAGUAUAACGAUCUGGAGAACGGCAGGAUCAACGGUAACAGAAAGAAAUCGGCGUACAGCCUGUCCAGCUCGAUCCGAGACAAGAUCGAGUAUUCCGAGGAACUCGAGAGAUCGUGGCUGUACCUAUUUUGCACGCGAUGUCACGGUCGCGACGACACGCCAUCGUGGGAGCCACCGGGAUGGAAAAGAGCGUGCCCGCAGCCGUUCUGUCCAACAUACAGGAAAUUCGCCCGAGUUCUGUGUCUGUUUCUUUUGGGUCUGCUGUUCUGGGGUAUCGCCUACUCGGUAAUCGGCGAUGACGUCGCCCCGGGUGGCCAGCUCUUCGGAUUGGCCGCUCUGUGCAUCGCCGCUCACUUCGGGGGUUGGCUGUUCUCUUUAACCACUCUUCCGGCCCUGAUCGGUAUGCUGAUCACUGGUCUAAUAUUGCAAAAUGUCGGGCUCGUCAAAAUCGAAGGCCAAUACACCGUGGUGAUCGCUAAUCUACGGAAAAUCGCCCUGGUUAUCAUACUUACCAGAGCGGGCCUGGAUCUCGAUCCGAACGCUUUGAAAAGAUUAAAAAUCACCGUGCCGAAGAUGGGCUUGAUACCGUGGGUGAUAGAGGCCCUAGUGAUCGCCGUGUCAACGAGAUACCUCUUGGACCUGCCCUGGGUGUGGGGCUUCCUCCUCGGUAGCAUCAUAGCGGCCGUCUCGCCAGCCGUCGUGGUGCCCUGUCUCUUCAGGCUACGUAGCAGGGGUUACGGGGUCGCCAAGGGAAUACCGACGCUGAUCAUCGCAAUAUCCGGAAUCGACGAUGCGGUGUCCGUCGCGGUCUUCGGUAUCGUGAAGAGCGUCAUGUUUUCUGACGGCGCGUUGUGGUAUCAGAUCCUUCAGGGCCCCAUUGCGGUUAUCGGCGGUCUGGGAUUCGGCGUCAUGUGGGGCUGGUUGGCCAAAUACGUGCCGGAAAAGGGCGACCCCUUCAUAGUGCCGCUAAGAGUGCUGAUGUUACUCGGGGGCGGGCUGCUGGCGAUCUUCGGCAGCGACGCAAUCGAGCUCGGUGGUGCCGGGCCGCUCGCGGUCGUGGCUGCAGCCUUCGUCAGCUGCUACUUUUGGCAACAAGAAGGCUGGGACGUGGACGAUAAUCCGGUUGCCACGUCUUUCGAGAUCUUCUGGAUGAUAUUCGAACCGAUCUUGUUCGGCGUUACCGGCACGCAGAUCAAGAUCAAUGAGCUCGAAGGAAAAAUCGUAUACCUCGGACUAGGCUGUUUGAUUUCCGCAAUCGUCAUUCGUAUCGGAGUGACGAUACUGGUCGGGAUCGGCUCCAAGCUCAAUCUCAAGGAAAAGGUGUUCAUCGCUCUGUCGUUGAUGGCCAAGGCGACCGUGCAGGCGGCCCUGGGACCCGUCGCCCUCGACGAGGUCGACAAGAACGAUCAGCAGCAGGUCGAGUACGCCGAGAGGGUGCUGAUGAUGUGCGUGCUCUCGGUACUUUUGACCGCGCCGACGAGCGCCAUCCUCAUCACGCUCUCGGGGCCGAAGCUGCUGACGAAGACCACCACGCCGGUCAGCCCGCCGGAAGCUUGGAAAACGCGCAGACCGUCGAUUCGCGACAUUUCGAUCAUCAACGAGGACCCGGAUCUGGAGGAGACCGCGAACGAGAGGAAGCCCUGACGACCGCAUGUAAUUUCGCAUUCAAAGCUCAGCUAGUACGAGUCCGCCCUCAUUCCCCGGCAUGCCCCGAAAGUGCCUGAAUGUGCCUUUAUUUUAGCUACUCGAGGCAACGACUUAACGAGUCAAUUAUAGGCUUAUAUGGUUACUGCUGCGAUAUUACUCGACCAGGAGGUUUUUAAUGUCAGCCGAUUUAUAUCUCAGGUGCUCACACGACGGUCGAAAAUGAAGUGAUCGCUGCGAUAUCACAGCUGGAACUUUUAUCCCGCGAAGAGAUUUUAUUCAACUUGACAUUAGAGAUCGUCGGUGUCGUUAUACUUUAAGUCUGGAGAAGCGAUCGAAUUUAAAAACGAUGAUUCUGGUUUAUGCAAAAAUUCUUCGUAUGAAAUGAGAGGACGAUCGAUAAUUGGCCGUAUCUUGCAUCUGUAUAAUAAGACGCAGAGAUUGUAUUUAUUUAAGGAUUUUAUGAUCUUAGGAUUUGGGAGUUCGUAAAACCGUAAAUAAAGAGAAGUUUCAUGGAUGCCUCCCGUGAUCUUGAAACUUAUACUAUGCGCGUGCGCGCGUGCGCGCGCGCGCAACUUGUUGACGAAUUUAUAAUUAUAUUUAUUUAUAAUUAUAAUUAUACAUUUUAUUAUACAUUAUUAUAAUAACUUUAAUUAUAAUAAUGUCCACGUCAUUUCUUUUCUCGAUCACUCUAUUUUAAGCACAGGAAUCUAUUAGCGAGACUCUUGCUAAUUAUUACACUUAGUACGUUCUUUUAAUGAAUUCAUUGUGCCGAUAUUGACCUCGUGGUGUUUUUAAAUAAAAAGAAAAAAAAGGAGAACAGAGAUUGUGCUGCAGAUGAGAUACAUCUAUGUGCUAGUGACAAUUUAAUUAUCGAUAACACGUAGAAAUUUUAUUGAUUCAUUCGUUACUCAACAUUAAUUUUUAUAGGUAAUUUGCGUUAAUUGCGCAAGAAAAUUAUUUGUUGAACGACAGGUUACCAUGUGACACGCGAAGACAUUUUUGUAAUAAAUACCUAAUCGAGACGCGACUGUUGCGCUCUAGUUUGCCGUUCAUACAAUAUUAUAAGUGAUUAUGGAAGCUCUAAGAGUGAUUGAUUUAUACAGGUGUUGGUCGGGUUUUAUGAUUUUAAGUG